AUGUUUAUGAAUGGAAGUUAUGUGAACAGCUCCGCACUGGACCCCAGCGAGCAAGCUCUGACCCGACCGCCGUGGGUCACUACAACUUUGGGCGGCUUACUCAUAUUUACUAUAGUAGUGGAUAUUCUCGGAAACCUUUUGGUGAUUUUCUCCGUCUACAGAAACAAGAAACUUCGGAACGCAGGCAACGUCUUCGUGGUGAGCCUGGCCGUGGCCGACCUGGUGGUGGCGCUCUACCCGUACCCGCUAGUCCUGGUGGCCAUCUUCCGCCGCGGCUGGCGGAUGGGCUCUGCCCACUGCCAGGCUAGCGGCUUCGUGAUGGGCGUGAGCGUAGUGGGCUCCAUCUUCAACAUCGCCGGCAUCGCCGUCAACCGCUACUGCUACAUCUGCCACAGCCUGGCGUAUGAUCGCCUAUUCAGCGGCCGGAACUCGGCCUGCUACGUGCUGCUGAUCUGGGCGCUGACCGUGCUGGCCAUCGUGCCCAAUGUCUUCGUGGGCUCACUGCGUUACGACGCGCGUGUCUACUCAUGCACCUUCGUGCAAUCGGCCAGCCAGGCCUACACCAUCGCCGUGGUGUCCUUCCACUUCCUGCUGCCCAUCGGCGUGGUGAGCUACUGCUACCUGCGCAUCUGGGUGCUGGUGAUCCGCGCGCGGCGCCGCGUCAAGCCUGAUGGCCGGCCGCGCCUCACGCCGCACGACGUGCGUAACUUCGUCACUAUGUUCGCCGUCUUCGUGCUCUUCGCCGUGUGCUGGGCGCCGCUCAACCUCAUCGGGCUGGCGGUGGCGCUAAUGCCGCGUCAAGCUGCCCCACUGGUGCCCGAGUGGCUCUUUGUGGCCAGCUACUUCCUGGCGUACUUCAACAGCUGCCUGAACGCCAUCGUGUACGGCGUGCUCAACCAGAACUUCCGACGCGAGUACAAGCGCAUCGUGGGGGCUGCGUGUGCCCCGCGUGCCCUCUUCGUCGCCGACGACUCCAAUGGCACCAAGGAGCGGCUCAAGGGCAAGCCCUCGCCCAUCAUGACCAACAACAACCAAGUCAGAGUGGACUCAGUGUAA